UCAAAGUUCAAACUCUAACAUACAUGGGAACAAAGGGUAACCAAAGAGUUGCAGUCCAAAACCCGACCUGCAAACUACAAUCAACUCACCAAAAAUGGAUAAGCUGACGCACCCGCGCAGAACUCCAACAAGGGUAGUAGCUGCUACGGCGGUCGCUUGUCUUCUACUCAUCAUCAUCGCCUCCCAACGAACACAAGAACGCUGCAGGAAAAACCCUCUUGAACAGUCAUGCCCAUCUCAAGAACAAUCCUGCGUCAGCAGGGAGAAAUUACAGAGCUUCUCGUCGCGAAACUCAAAUCGCCACAAAUCUCCACCAUCUCCUUACCUCCUAUCCAGGCUUCAAGAGUACGAGCAGCAUCACAAGCGCUGCGAUCCCCUAUCGAAACCCUUCGAGCGGACCUCUCAGGAACUCGUCAAGGUAAAGAAUUCCCCUGACUCGCUCAUCAGGAAAAAUGAAGACUUGGCACAGGAUUGCAGAUAUAUCGUGUUCACUCCGGGUAAUGAUGAAUUGGCGACCACAAUGCUCAGCUUGUCCUCUUCAUUUCUCUACGCUCUCCUCACCGAUCGGGUCCUUCUCGUCGAUUUCGACCCCUCCAUGCUUGGUCUAUUCUGUGAGCCGUUUCGCAAAUCGACCUGGCUCCUCCCUGGAGAGUUCACUUUUAGGGACAGAGCCAGGAGUGCAGAGUUCAGGCAAGUUUUCAGCCUAGGCAACUUAAUGAGGAAACAGAACCAGAAACAGGAUCAGAAGCUGCAAGCAGAUACCGAAUCGCUCCUCCUGCUUUACCUCUCGAUGGACUACGACGAUCACGACAAGCUUUUCUACAGAGACGAGACUCAGGAACUCCUGAAGAAUGUCCCUUGGCUCGUCCUGAGAUCGGAGCAGUACUUUCUCCCUUACUUCUUCUUAUUGCCCUGUUUCAGGACGGAACUGGACAAAUUGUUCCCUGAUGACAAGGAGACCGUUUUCCACCACUUAGGGAGAUACCUCUUUAACCCAACGAAUCAAGCCUGGGGCGCCAUCGCCAGAUUCUACGACGAUUACCUGGCGAAAGCAGAGCAGAGGGUCGGGCUCGAGAUCAAAGUUGGAAAACCUUAUGAAACCCCACCUUCCAUUGUACUACCGCACAUUCUGAAAUGCAUUCAGGAGGAAUCCAAAAUCCUGCCACGAUUACAGCAAAAUAACACCACUACCAGAACAACGAUACUUCCUUCAUUCCGAAGAAAGACAUCAAAAGUAAUUUUGGUGGAGUCGUUGUUGCCGGAGUUUUACUCAGAACUGAAGAACAUGUACUCGACGAGGCCGAUUGCUGAUGGGGAGGGAUCGGUAUCGGUCAGGGUUUAUCGGACUAGUAGUCAUGAAGGGAUGCAGGAAUCUGAGAGAAAUUACCACAAUAUGAAGGCGUUGGUGGAUGUAUAUCUUCUGAGCAUGUGUGAUGUUUUGGUUAUCAGCCCAUUUUCGACUUUUGGGUAUGUGGCUUCUGGUCUAGCAGGGUUGAAUCCAUGGUUUUUGAAGAAUCCAGGGGAUUAUGAGACGAAGCCUUUGGAACCAGCUUGCCGCCGAGCGGUUUCUCCGGAGCCAUGUUUUCUAUUUCAUCCUGGUGAAUAUGUCCCCAAUGCGGUUCAUCAUUGCCGAGGAAGAUUAGGGCCUGUUCCGGUAAUUCUGUACUGUGAAGAUUUUGUAUAUGGAUUCAAGCUUGGAAAUCUGAAGUGUUAAAAAAAAAAAAAAAAGAACAAUGUGGCAAAGAGCAGAGAGGGUUGUUCUCUUCUUAAUUUUCUUGUAUGGUUAUGUGCUGAUGGAGUUAGUGGAAUUUAUGUAAGGUGGAUCAUUUUUUUUCUUAAUAUUGUAAGAAAAAAUUAAAGCUCGUAGUGUUCUGUAAUGUGUUCUCAUAUUUAAUAUUUUUGAAAAGCUUGUAAGAUACAUUCGUAUGAUAUCAAUUUCAAUAUAUUUUAUGAAAUAAUCAUUCAUAAUUUUGUCUUUUAUUAAAUAAUGAAGAGUGUUUUUCAUG